GUUUUAGGUUGGUUUCUUCUUCGUUCAAAGAGUGGGAAAACGAGGGAGGGUUCCCAAAUUCGCGGAAGUGCAGAGAGGUGUUUCAAAUCGGUGGCGGCGAACGGCUCUGCAAUUUGAACCCAGUUCUUCGUUAUGGAAACUAAGGCUGGUGUAGAUGGCUCCCUUAGUUUGAUCAAGCAAGGAGCUGAAGCUAGAGUUUUCGAGUCUAGCUUUGUAGGAAGGAGGUCUAUUGUCAAGGAACGCUUCUCAAAGAAAUACAGGCACCCAUCUUUGGAUGCUAAGCUUACACUCAAGCGCCUCAAUGCAGAGGCCAGGUGCAUGACAAAAGCAAGACGACUUGGUGUCUAUACUCCAGUGCUUUACUCUGUAGACAUUGUGCUGCAUACCCUAACAUUUGAAUAUGUGGAGGGUCCUUCUGUCAAAGAUAUAUUUCUUGAAUUUGGGUUACGCAAUGGCGCUGUUGUUGAAGAACGCAUGGAUGAUAUUGCAAUGCAGAUUGGUCAUGCAAUUGGAAAACUUCAUGAUGGUGGUCUCAUUCAUGGCGACCUGACCACAUCUAACAUGUUGAUUAGAGCUGCUACCAACCAGUUGGUUGUUAUUGAUUUCGGUCUGAGCUUUACAUCAACCCUUCCAGAAGAUAAAGCUGUGGAUUUGUAUGUUUUGGAACGAGCUUUGCUCUCAAUGCAUUCUUCAUGUGGGAAUGUGAUGGAUCGGAUACUUGCUGCUUAUCGGAAGUCCUCAAAGCAGUGGUCGUCCACAUUAAACAAGUUAGCUCAAGUGAGACAACGAGGCCGAAAGCGCACCAUGGUUGGAUGAGAGCUUCUUCACCUAUCAUUCAUAUUAGGAUAAGCAAAACAAGAGUCUUUGCCGGGUGACAGAUGCAACAAAUAUAUAUUUGAUAUCUCUUCGUGUAAUUUUUAGAUGCACAGUAUGAGCAUGUUUGUUAGAAUGCAUUGUAUAACCGGUUACCAGUCGAAUGAGCAUCUCUUUGUUACCUACACGUAUUGCAACAUUGAAUUCAGUUGAAAUUUAAGUUAGCUUUUUUUUC